AUGAAGAACAGCAGGGUUUUAGUUGUGGUCGCGCUGGUGUGGGUAAUAGCUUCAUGGGCCGUGGAAGGAGCCGGGGAAUGUGGUCGCACCCCUAUCGGCUCCGUCGACAGUUUGGCCGCUUCCAAGACCCCCAGGGCUAAGGUCCCACCUUCUUGUUGUGCCAAAGUCACUGCCCUCAUUCGGACCAACCCUCGCUGCCUUUGCGCCGUCAUGCUCUCCCCUCUCGCCGCACGUGCUGGUAUCAAUCCAGCAAUAGCUAUAGGCAUCCCCAAACGCUGCAGCAUCCGCAACCGCCCUGCUGGCAAGAGAUGCGGACGCUACGUCGUUCCGUGACUUGCAAAUGGGAUGGAUGGAGUUUAUGAAGCUUUGAGCAUUGGAUCUUAUGAUAGAAGAAGUACCUGUCAAAUAAAUAUGUUCACUUCCCUCUGCCAAAUCCUACUCGGUUGUUCCCUGUAAAAUGGUAAAAGAGAGAUAAUAUUAAUAUGCGACCCACCAACUUACUAAUCGGCUGUUCGAAUCAUUAAUGUCUAUUUACAUUGAAAUA